AUGCACAAGGCCGCACUGCAGGAGCUUACGGCGAUUUCGCCGCUUGAUGGCCGCUACUGGGCUCGCGUUGCCCCGCUGGCCGACUUCUUCUCCGAGUAUGCCCUCCACAAGUAUCGGGUUCGCGUGGAAGUGGAGUACUUCAUCUCGCUGUUGGAGCUGGGCGUGCUGCCCGCGAUCGAGGAGGACACCGAGCAGGCCAAGGCCAAGCUGCGGGAGAUCUACACCAGCUUCACCGAAGCCGACGCACAGAAGAUCAAGGACAUCGAAAAGACCACCAACCACGACGUGAAGGCCGUGGAGUACUUCAUCAAGGCCAAGUUCACCGAGUUCGGGUGGGAGAAGCAGAAGGAGUGGAUCCACUUCGCCCUCACCUCGCAGGACAUCAACAACACCGCCAUCCCGCUGUCCAUCAAGGACGGCGUCGAACAAGUCUACCUCCCGGCCCUCAAGGACAAGGUCAUCGCCCCGCUGAGGAAGAUGGCGCAGGAGUGGAUGGAAGUGCCCCUGCUCGCGCGCACUCACGGCCAGUCUGCCACCCCUACGCGCGUGGGCCGCGAGUUGAUGGUGUUCGUGGAGCGUCUCGAGAACCAGCUCGUGCACCUCGAGAACUACUCGUACUUCGCCAAGUUCAGCGGUGCGACCGGUGGACUGAACGCGCACGUCGCUGCCUUCCCCAAGAUCGACUGGCUCGCCUUCGCCGACAAAUUCGUCGCCGGUCUCGGCAUGAAGCGUCUGCAGGCACAGAUUCCGCUCUUCUACACCACGCAAAUCGACCACUACGACAACCUGGGCCACCUCUUCGACACCAUGCGCAGAAUCAACGUCAUCCUCAUCGAUCUCAGCAGGGACGUGUGGAUUUACAUCUCGAUGGACUACUUCAAGCAGAGGAUCAUCGCGGGCGAGGUCGGCAGCUCCACGAUGCCGCACAAGGUCAACCCGAUCGACUUUGAGAACGCCGAGGGCAACUUCGGCGUGGCCAACGCCCUGUUCGACCACUUCUCCAACAAGCUGCCCGUCAGCCGGCUGCAGCGGGACCUCACCGAUUCGACCGUGCUGCGGAAUGUCGGCGUGCCCGUGGCCCACUCGCUGGUGUCGUUCCUCUCGCUGGCGCGCGGGCUGGGCAAGCUGCUGCUCAACAAGCCCAAGAUCGAGGAGGACCUCACCAACAACUGGAUGGUCGUCGCCGAGGCCAUCCAGACCGUUCUCAGACGCGAGGGAGUCAAGGAGCCCUAUGAGCUGCUGAAGAAGCUGACGAGGACCAAUGAGAAGGUGGACCAGACGCGGAUGGAGGAGUUCAUUGACAGCCUCGAGGGCGUCAGCGACGACGUCAAGCGAGAGCUCAAGGCCAUCACCCCCGCCAACUACAUCGGCGUCGUGCCCAAGCACUGA